AGCGAUCCGAAGGUACCACUCUGACGACGACAUAUAAAACUGGCAAAGGUCAUGAGAUAAAUGAGGGAGCUCCUGUCCUCUUUCUUACCAUACUCAUAGUUGCUCUCAUCAACAGAUUAAACAAUAGUUGGACUUUGAAGACACCAGACAUAAAACAUAAACACCGACCAGGGUCACACAUCUAAUCAUGAAACACAACAAUCCUUCCUUGCAGGUGACUGCAGACCAGCAGAUCAAAAUGGCCGAAUCACCAAUUCACAAACCGGGGAAUGGAGAAGUUUUGUUGCACAUCAAAUGUACUGGAAUUUGCGGAUCAGACAUACACUUUUGGAAAACUGGAGCUAUUGGUCCUUUGAAAGUCGAGGGUGAUUGUUGUUUGGGACAUGAAGCUUCCGGUAUCGUGCUAAAGGUUGGCGAAGGUGUUGAUGAAUUGGUAGUUGGCGACAGAGUGGCAGUGGAACCGGGCGUUCCUUGUGAGAAAUGCUGGCUCUGCAGGGAGGGAAGAUACAAUCUCUGCGAAGAUGUAAAGUUUGCUGGUGUUUACCCUUAUCAUGGCACUCUGCAGCGCUUCAAGGUCCAUCCUGCAAAAUGGUUGCACAAGAUUCCAGAUGAUGUUACUUAUGCAGAAGGAGCGCUACUGGAACCUUUGUCAGUCGUACUGCACGGCAUUCGUCGUGCAGGACUUACUCUAGGACGUGGCGCUGUGAUCUGCGGUGCCGGUCCCAUUGGCUUGAUCGCCCUUCUCUCCUCUCGAGCAUCUGGUGCCCAUCCCCUCGUCAUCACCGACCUUGAAGCCUCUCGUCUGGCCUUUGCGAAGAAACUAGUCCCUGAAUGCGAGACUUAUCAGGUCCAACGUAACCUCAGCGCAGAGGAGAAUGCAAAGUCGAUCAGAAAGCUGUUUGGCGAUUCAGAGUAUGGAGCCCCUGAGACGGUAUUGGAAUGUACGGGUGUGGAGAGCAGUAUCAUCACUGGUGCGUUUGCCGUCAGAAGAGGAGGCACGGUGAUGGUUAUUGGUGUUGGACGGCCCAUUGUGAACAAUAUCCCUUUCAUGCAUUUGAGUCUUGGUGAGAUCAACCUCAAGUUCAUUAACAGGUAUACCGAUACUUGGCCUGCUGGUAUUGCAGCUGUGAAGGGCAAAUUGUUGGAUCUGAAGCCGUUGGUGUCGCAUGUGUUCCCACUUGAGAAGGCGGUGGAUGCUAUGCACAUAUGUGCCGACCUGAGUCAAGGCAGCAUCAAAGUACAGAUUGUGGAUGAGAUUGACAUCAACCCUGAGGAUGUCGAGUAAAAGAUCAGUUCAAGCCUGGAAUAUUGACAGAUUGCCUGGACUAUUUGGAGCGAUCACUUUCACUGGAUAGCUGUCACAAUCUGGAUUACCUUGUGCUGGUGAUGAGAUCGGCUCUUUGAACCUACAGUAUCCUGUGCAUACAGUUCUGAAAUGUACUCUUACCGGACAAUUGCGU